AUGGGAGAGGGAGAGAAGAACAAGAGAAUGGAUAUUGGUUCGUGUCAUGUUGAGUUUCCGGAGACUAUUCUCUACGACAAUAAUGAGACCAUUGGGGCCGUCAGGGCUGGCACUCUUGAGGCGCUGGUGGACAAUCUGACUCGCCCUGAUAAACUGGACGCCGCGUUUAAUCGGGCGUUUCUGACGACGUACAGCUAUUUUACAUCCGGAGAGGAGGUUCUUCAGCUUCUCAUGGAGCGGUUUGACUGUCUGCCACCUGAAACGCUGAAUCCGACACAGGCAGAGGAAUGGUUGAGUGAAACGAAGCCUGUGAUUCAGUUGCGCGUGGUCAAUGUGCUGAGGCAGUGGCUGGAGAGCUUCUGGAUGGAGCCUUCAGGACCGGAGACGCAUAGGAAUCUGCUGAAGCUUCACCUGUUUGUGUCUGAAUCGGUUUCCAACGAGGCCAGUGCGGUGCAGCAGCUUCUUGAGAUCAUCCGGGGUCGGCUCUCAGGCGUUGAGCGUCUCAAGAGAUCACAGCCCUCUUUCUCGAGUGCGCCAAAGCCCAUUCUCCCCCGGAAGUUGGACAAGCUGCAGUUUCUCAAGAUCGAUGCUACAGAGAUUGCCCGACAGUUGACACUCAUGGAGUCAUCUGUCUUUGCCAAAGUGCAACCGAUGGAACUCUUGAACAAGAACUGGCAGAAGAAAGAGAGUGCAGAUGUAGCUACGCCUGCACCGAACGUCCGAGAAUUAAUUCGAUAUUUCAAUCAGUUGUCGAGCUGGGUUGGGGCUGUGAUUAUUGCAGAAUCAGACCUGAAGAAGCGCACGCAGGUUAUAGCGCAUUUAGUCAACGUGGCCAAUGCAUGCCACGACCUGCAGAACUACUCUGCUGUGAUUUCGAUUCUGUCAGGCCUCGAAAGCGCCCCUGUCUACCGGCUUGCUCGCACCUGGGCCAUGGUCACAGAGCGCACUUGCAGCAUCCUAGAGCCCUUGCAAGCUCUCACAGCGACCGAUCAGAACUACCAGAUGUACCGGGAUACAUUACGCUGUGCAGUGCCGCCAUGUAUUCCUUUUCUCGGACUUUUCCUUAAGGACCUGGUCUUUAUCGAAGACGGAAACCAACCCUGGACGCCAGAGGGUCUGGUUAAUUUUACGAAAUACUCGAUGCUGGCGUCCACAAUCCACGAAGUCCAGCGCUUCCAACAAGCCCCGUACUGUCUCCAGCCCGUCCCGGAAUUGCAGGAAUACCUGACAGCCCAAUUACAAUCCGCCGGCGACGUCCACGAGCUGUGGGAACGCAGUUGUCAGUUGGAUCCGCGAGGACGCGGUGAUGGAGGCCGAUCGCGCGACACGUACACCGCAACCGGAGGGAUGACGACGUCCAUGGUGGUCGCAUGCAUGAUCCUCGACGAUUGA